UCGUGCUCGGAGCAGCAGCUCAGUAGACACUGGCAUUCCUACGGCGUCUGAUCAUGGCUCUUCGCGUCGCAGCUGCUGCUCUCCUUCUGGCCAUCGCUGCCGGCGCCGAGGCAUGCUCCUUGCCCUCCUGCCUCCUCGUUGACGGCCAUCCGAUCCGUUGUCAGGAUCCCUCUGUGGUCCAGUUCCUCCCGCAUCCCGCCAACUGCCAUCAGUACAUACAGUGCACCUUAACAGGGCCCAUCCUAAGGGACUGCCCUCCUGGAACGGCCUGGGACCAAGACCUCAGGACCUGCGCUCACGAGGCCACGGUAGCCUCCUGUAACAAGGUCCCUGAGAUCUGCGACUGUAACUGCUGCUUCCGUGCCGACCCCGAUGAUGUCGCUGGCUUCAUCUACUGUUCCACCACUGUAGGAGGUGAUAAAGCAACGGCCUACAAACUGAACUGCCCAGAAGGUCGAAAGUGGAAUGACUCCGACAAAUUAUGCGUGUAAGAGAUGACGACAUGGACGUAACUUCUCCGGGAAUAUCGCUAGAAUAUUACAAACCAGAAAGUAUAAAGAGAAGAGCAGCCCUCCCAGGAUCACAAACAAUAGCACCGUUCAUGAACAAGCCAUGACCAUAAGGACAAGAGACCACUGCACCGAAGCCUCCUGAGUUUCGAUCGCGGCUUCGGUAGUGCUGCGGGAGGUUUCCUUUGCUGUCAUGCAGAGGGUUGCAGUUAAUGAUUGAGGUAUUGGCACUGAUUAAAAGAGUUAAUUCUGAA